AUGGCUGACCUUCAGGCCACAAUCGAGUUUGUCGUUGAACUGCACAAAUUCUACAAUGUGGACCUCUUCCAGCGGGGGCUCUACCAAGUGCGCUGCUCGCUGCGUGUCACCCCUCGUUUGCCCGUGCAGGUGGAGACGUGCAUACCCGAGAGCUCCCCAGGAGCCAGCAGCCAGCAGCCCAGCUCGCCCGGCGCCGCCACCCCGUCGGCGUGCGUGGUGGGCGGCGCGGGGGCCUCGCGCGUCUUCCAGAUCCUGUACAGAAACGAAGAGGUAUCUCUUCGUGACGUCGUAAUGUUCCGGGCACAUCUUCUGGUUGACAGCCGGCAUCUGAAGGAGUCGGUGGAGCGGGCUGAGUUCUCCCUCCACUUGGAGCUGUGGUUUGGCGAGCAGACGACCAACGGCACCAACUUGUCUCUGGCAUCAUCGCGGACGCUGCAGCUCAACUUCCACCCUGGCCGAGGUCUCCACUACCACCUGCCCGUCCUCUUCGACUACUUCCACUUGGCGGCCGUGAGUGUGGGCAUUCACGCCAGCCUCGUGGCACUUCAUCAGCCUUACAUCAAUGCACCACGGAGUACGAAGCCAUGGAUAGGCAGUGGCAAGCUCAAUUGUCGUGGCACCAUCUCGCCCGGUCCACUGGAAGCGGUCUUCUUCGGGCCGCAAGUCGGCAUGGGGAAGGCAAAGUGCGGCGGCGGAGCAGCUGCUCGUCUCACACAGGCGAGAGAGAUUCACAAGGAGAUUUGUGCCUUGCUUCUGGGAGCUCUGGAAUCCUUGAAACUCACUCUGGGUGAAUUCAGCACCGUUCUACCGCAUCAGUGGGCCGUCCUUAUGGGCGUCUCCGCCCAGAGUCUCACAUCUUCCGGCGAAGGCGAUCAGAGGCUGAAGAAGCUCGUGGAACUGGCCAAGCUCUGCGACACUGAGGAUGACUUCACAGCCCGUGCCAAUGCUGACAUCGCACAACUCUGCGCUGAGUGCAUCCUCCACUGGCGCCGCGUCAUGUCCUCAGCCGGUCAGCCCAGCGUCCACAGUCUCCUGGCCAAGAAGCACCACAUUCUGCGCGUGAAGCGCUUCUCCGAGGGAUUCUUCGUGAUGGAACACCCCAGACACACCACGGCCAGCUGCUAUGACACGCAGUACCAGAGCUACGUCAACAUCAGCGAGAUGGCCAGGCGAUCCCGAUACCUCUGCUCCCUGCCACCGCUUCCAGUCCACUGCACACCGCUCGACGGAGACGCCAACUCGCUGCCACUAAUCUUCGAGGACAGGUAUCAGGACCCACUGGAGUAUUCACGGCGACGGAUAGGCAGCGACCCUCACAUUAAUGGGAGAGAGUUAAUCCUCAAUACGAUGCACCACGGCAAAGGGACUCUGUUCAAUGCGAAGGAGUGCUCGUGCAUAAUGCCACCGCCAGAGGCUUUUAAGGGCAACAUCAUAGGGAUUCUCACGCCAAAGCUGGCCCUGGGCGGAGAGAUUCUGCAAGCCAGUCUCUCCAUAGCUCCUGCCGCCCAUAAAAAUCACAUUCGCUACCGGACGCUGUCGCGCCACUCAGUCUCGACACUCCUCGAGGGUGGAAACCAGUGGGAUCCGCCGCACAGCACCAUUUGCUUGGGCAACUGCUCGACUCUGCCGACGAGACACAGCAAGAGUCUGGACCAGCUAGAGACGCCCUUCCAGACCGCAGCGGCCAGUGAUGCAUGUCGAAGUGGGCACGACGAGCCCAGAUUUGCGGGUUCACAGCCAAACUCCCUGUCCAGCUCGCAGCGUCGCAGGAACAACGGAAAGACGACAAAGAGCGCCGAAGAUCUUCUGCGGAAUAUCAAUGAGUUCAGACAAAAGUACAAAAACCCUGGCGAUCCCACGAAGAAGUUAACACCACUGGGCUUGGCGCAGUUCAUCAAUGGCUACGUCAACGCCAUGCCAGACAAUCACGCGGCCACACUCAACAGAAACCACGAAGCCAGAGACGCGAAGGAUUAUGUGCACGAGAUGAAGCACAACAUCAACGGAUGUCACUACAACUCUCUGCCGAAGGGCACGAGCAUGGGUCUCCCGCCGAGGAACUCCUACCCGCCAAUCCGGGUGAAGAAGCACAAGCUGGUGAACGGGAAGGAGGGCGGCACUAUUUCCAGGCGGAACUCCAGAAGCUCCAACAGCAGCGCCAGGAAAGUGAAUGGGGAGAAUCACGCUCCGGACUCGUCCAGUUCCGACAGCGAGGAGUGCAGUUCGAGGACACGGAAGAGACAGCGACGCCUCCUGUCGUCCGCCAGCGUGCCUUUCAAGUUGGAACUGCUGGAGUUGGAUCCCUCAGCCACGCCUGGCAUCAGCGAGAGUCUGCCGAACUUGGCGCCGCCACCACCGGAAUUCAUCACCUCACCACCGAUGCGGAAACGCACCACGAGCCAGUCCACAUCCUCGCUCAGCGACCAAAGUGGAUACGUGAGCAGCCGCAAGAGCAGUCCAGGAGAAUCCAGUCCUGAACCGGAGAAGAACUACGACGACCACAUUCUGAACGGCGAGCAGCUGAGGAUGAAACUACAGAAGCUGUUGAGAGAGGAACCCAGUCGCGAAGUGAAGCCAAAGAAGUCAAGGGAACAGAACGGAGAUGUCACGGUUCACAAGAAAACCUCAACAGUAACAGUUCAAGUGAAAACGAAAGCGCAACAGCUCAAGGAUGAGUCUAAGGUGAGCAAUGGAGGGUGGUUUGAGGUGCCGCCCUUGCAGAACGGUCUCCAUCCCUACAUCAGGAAGGAACUUCUACCUCCCGCAACGGGUUCGCGCAGAGCCUCGAGUACAAAAUCAAAAUCCGAGUUUGAUCUCACGUCAAUGCCGGACAAUCAUCCGUUCGAGAAUCUACAAUUACCGCCGCCCAAGCAGUUCAUGGAUGCUCUCCUGCCGCCAGACGAAUUCCGCGAUCCGCCAUCGCGAACGGAGGAAGCGAGCACAACGAGAGAGUCCAGUCCGAGAGAUGGCGAAUCCCUCAAAUCACCACCCAGAUUGCCAGCCAGUGCCAUCGACAAUCCCUUGUAUCACAUCUGCGAGGCCAUCAAGACCCCCAAACCCAGGCCCAUGCUCAAGUCUCAGAGCAGCACGGAGUUGACCGUUGGGAAGAAUCUCGUGGAAGUGAGCAACAUGAAGGGGAAGACGAAAAGUGAGCAGACAAAUGGCACAAAGACACCGCAAAACCCUCCGUUUCAGCUGUUGGAGUUCGAAAAGUGUCGCGAGGAAUUCCGGAAGCAGAUUAAGUACACCGGCGCCAUUUACUCGGACUUCCCCAAGCUCGCAUCCGACAUGCCAUAUUUCCACAUUAGCGAUGAGUAUCGCGCAUUUUCCCCAAAUGGCCUGCAUCUUAUCAUCUGCGUGCACGGCUUGGACGGCAACUCGGCCGACUUGAGACUCGUGCGAACCUACCUGGAGUUGGGUCUUCCGGGUGCCCAUCUGGAAUUCCUGAUGUCGGAGCGCAAUCAGGGCGACACAUUUUCCGACUUUGAAACCAUGACGGAUCGUCUGGUGGCCGAAAUUAUGUAUCAUAUUGAGACAUGCGGCCUAAAUCCGGUUCGCAUUUCCUUCGUGGCGCAUUCUUUGGGCACAAUUAUUGUGAGAUCAGCCCUGGCGCGCCCCCAAAUGCGACCCUUGCUGUCACGACUGCACACCUUCCUGUCCCUCUCGGGACCACACCUGGGCACGCUCUACAACUCCAGCGGAUUGGUUAAUAUGGGAAUAUGGUUCAUGCAGAAAUGGAAGAAGUCUGGCUCCCUCCUCCAGCUGUGCCUCCGCGACACCGCCGACCUCCGGCAGAGCUUCCUGUACCGCCUCUCGCAGCGAAGCACGUUGCACCACUUCAAGAACAUCCUGCUCUGCGGCUCCAGCCAGGAUCGAUACGUGCCCCCGCACUCUGCCCGCCUGGAGCUCUGCAAGGCCGCCAUGCGGGACACGUCCACGCUCGGCGUUGUUUACAGAGAGAUGGUCCACAACAUUGUCGCUCCCAUUAUGGCCAGGCCGGAGCUCACUCUCGUGCGCUACGACGUUCACCAUGCCCUGCCGCACACGGCCAACGCGCUGAUAGGCAGAGCCGCUCACAUCGCUGUCCUCGACUCUGAGCUCUUCAUCGAGAAGUUCCUGCUCGUGGCGGGCCUGAAGUACUUCAGCUAGCCUACAGACGCAGGACACACAGCUGGCGCGGUGACUCACAUUGUGGAACUGAGGAUGAGGCUGGAAUUGCUACUGAGUGAGAUGAUAAAUGAGCCGCAAAUUCAUUAGACACAAAUGGGUGGCAAUUAAAAGGGUGUAGUUUAGUUGCUGAAGUUCAAUUAAUUCACUUCCCUUUGGGUUUAUAGUCCUGAUUAGGUAACAUUUAUAAAAAUCCUCCUCAACUUCUGAGCGUGUUGUUUCCUUUUUUUUCGCCGUGAUUAAAUGGUGGAAAAUUUAUCAUCACUGUUUUGGGAUAAAAAAAAGUGAAUUUUUUCAGCUUCUUCUUCUUUCGGGGGGUUUUUUUUGUUCUUUAAUUCACUGCCGUGUCUUAUGGAGAAACAUUUUUGAGUGUUGAACCUUUGGAGAGAAAGAGAAGAAAACCCUCUAAUUUAUCACUCUCAGAAGAGCAACUUUGGCAGACGAAUUGAGGGUGUGUGGAUGAAAGUGGGAAGAAAAACGAAUUAGGAUUGUUCAAUUAAAUCGCUUUGGACUAAAUAGGAGAGACUGACUUUCAAUUAUUCGAAGAAAAAAAUACUCAAAAGAAAAGCCCAAUGAUUUUUUUGUCUUUAAAAUCGAAAAAAUACCCAUUUUUCCUUGCAAAACUCAAUUCGGUAUUUCGGAAAUUUAUAGCGUGUAGUUAAAUCAAGAUGAAAUUUUACUCUUCUUAUAGAUUAAUCAAAAAGUAAAGAGAAAAAUCGAUAGGGAAUUUAAUGAGAAAUCAAUUACUGAAAUGCGUAAUUCUUAAAAAUCAAAAGAAGAAAAAAGAACAUUUAUAUUUUGUAGCGAUGACAAAACUUUUGCAUGAGACGUGAAUUUUUAAAAAUAAAAUCAAAUUGCAUCUCGAAAUGCGAAUGACUCGUUUUACUUUUUUAGUCAAAAGUGCGCGCAAAAUUUUUGUGUAGAUGAAACAAAAAAAAUGCUAUGAAGUCACAAGAUUGAGGGAAAUAUGAUAUAAUUAUGAAAAACUUAUGAUAGCAAAGUUUUAAUCUUACCGAUAUUGAACAAAGUGGAGCCGAAGUGCGUAGAAUGGAAUUAGAAAGAGAUUAUGAACAAUGUUGUAGAGUUUGAGGGAAUGCUAUAUAUUUUAGAAAUGGUAUGAAAACAAAACGAGUAAUCUCUAUUCAGUCCAAUUUUAGGUGAAUUAACGGAAAAUUGUCUUAUAAAUACCAAGAGAUGAAUAGUGUGGGUAAAUAUCGAUUAUACACCAUUAAAUUAUUGAAAUUUUCGAAGAAUAUAUUACAUGAAUUGUCGUAGGAGAGUCUGCAGAGAAAUAUGUCGUGUUACUGAUAAGUAGAAUUUUAUGAAUCCACGAAUUGUGUUAAAAUAAAGUUUAGUGAAAAAGAUUUAAGGAAAA